AUGCAGGUCUUCUUGCUGUGCUUCGCAAAGGCCAUGGAGCCCAUCGCCUUCUUCGCCAUCUUCCCCUUCAUCGCGCAAAUGGUGCAGCGCAACGGCAACCUGCCCGACUCGGACGUCGGCUUCUACAGCGGCCUCAUCGAGUCGCUCUUCUCCGCCACCCAGAUGGUGGUGCUCUACUUCUGGGGCCACCUGGCCGACACCGUCGGCCGCAAGCCCGUGCUGCUGUGGACGCUCAUCGGCAUGGCCGUCGCCACCUUUUUCUUUACUGUCGCGACCACCAUCUGGCAGAUGAUCCUGUUCCGGUGCCUCGCCGGCGUCUUCAGCGGCUCCGGCCUGGUCAUCCGGACCAUGCUCUCGGACCACACCACCUCGGAGACGCAGGCCGUUGCCUUUAGCUGGUUUGCGUUUGCCAACAACGUCGGCAUCUUCCUCGGCCCCAUCAUCGGCGGCGCGCUGGCCGACCCCGUGGAGCAGUUCCCGGGCCUCUUUGGCGGGAUCCGCCUCUUUGAAGACUACCCUUACAUCCUGGCCGGCGUGGCCAUCACCGUCAUCAACAUUGUCAGCAUCGUCCUCUCCAUGCUGUACCUCGAAGAAACGCUCGAGCCCGAAGAAGACUCCUCCACCACCCCUGGUGCCUCAGCAGCAACAGCAGCACCCGCCCGCCCCCACCGGCUGUCCACCUGGGAGCUCCUCCGGGCGCCCGGCGUCGGCAUCGUCAUCUGGGUCUACACGCACGUCAUGUUCCUCGCCUUCGCCUUCACCGCCAUCCUGCCCGUCUACCUCUUCACUCCCGUCCGCCUCGGCGGCGUCGAGUUCUCGCCCUUCCGCAUCUCCGUCUGGAUGGCCGUCCAGGGCGCCAGCCAGGCCACCUGGCUCAUCGUCGCCUUCCCCUUCCUGCAGCGCCGCAUCGGCACCAAGGGCUCCAUGGCCGCCUGCGUCGCCGCCUACCCCUUCUUCUUCGCCGGCUACGUCGUCAUGAACUUUCUGCUGAGGAUCGGCACCGAGUCCGCCGACGCCGCCUUCUGGGCCGUCGCCCUCGUCGUCGCCUUCGUCGGCCCCGGCGUCUCCAUGGCCUUCACGGCCAUCCAGCUCGCCCUCAACGACGUCUCCCCCAACCCGCACGUCAUGGGCACCCUCAACGCCCUGGCCAUGACCGCCGCGAGCGCCAUCCGGUCCUUUGUGCCGGGCGUCUCGACCGCCAUGUUUGCCAUUGGGGUGAGGAACCAGAUCCUUUGGGGGCACCUCGUGUGGGCGAUUCUGAUCCCCAUUGCCAUGUCGCUGUCCAUUUUCGUCAGGUGGCUGCCGGAGGAUAAGCAGUCGCAUAAGAUUCUUCGUGAAGAGGAGGAUGAGUGA